AUGCCUUGCUCUGAGAGCAAUUUAAUGGUAGUCCGCUAUGGAAGCUAUUUAGAAAAGCCCCUGUCUGUUAGUUGUCUAGAGCAGUUAGUCGAUCAGACACCAAUUUUACUCAAGUCAAAUUCAAAUCUAUCAGUAACAUUCAUGCAGGAGCAAUGUGCCGCACUAUUAUCGUGCGCCUUCUUUUGUGCAUUUCCAAAUCGACAAUCACAUUUAACGUAUCGGUCUGUCAAUUUUCACACAGAUAAUUCUGGUCGACGUUCAAUCAAAUGUGUUGCAAUUGAUGCAAUUCAUUUUGAACAGCCUGAGCAACAAUAUACUAUAGCAAAUAUCGAACGCGAACUUGUUAAAUCUUACUGUGCGUUUUCUGGUUGGGAUGAAACAAUCGUCUCCUCAUUUGGUGUGGCCACUGGACAUUGA